AUGGAGCCGCAGCCCGACAGCCUGGAGGGGUGGGUGGCCGUGCGCGACACCGCCUUCGCUGAGCCGCAGCCGCCGCCGCGGCUCCGCUUCCUCGUGGGGUGGAACGGCGCGGAGGGCGCGUUCGCGGUGACCUGCCACGGGCGGGCGGAGGCGGCGGAGCAGGCCCCGCAGAGCUGGGCCGGGCUCUUCUCGGCGCCGGCCCUGCGCGGCGUCCACCGGCAGCUGUCGGCCGUGUGCCCGCGCCUGGAGCCCGCCUUCCCCGAGCUGCCGCCCGCGCUGCCCGGCGCGGCCUCCGGCGGGCUCUGGGCCGUGCUGUUCCCCGGCGGCGCCGCGCCGGGGGAGGCCGAGCUGCAGGAGCUGUGCCGGGCGCUGGAGCUGUACCUGGGCUGGGCCCUGGAGCUCUGCGGCGGCCGCGUGGUGCUGGACGCGCUCUUCGCCGCCGACCGCUGCUGCGACGACGAGUACUUCGAGAGCCUCCACGAGCUCCGCGGGAAGGCCCUGCGCGGCCACCUGGCCCGGGCCAAGGAGGCGCUGCGGCGGGUUCUACAGCAGCAUAAAAGUGCUGACACAAUGGUGGCUUUGAUGAAGGUUUAUGAAGAAGAAGAUGAAGCUUAUCAGGAUUUGGUCACCAUGGCAACACAAUUCUACCAGUAUUUACUGCAGCCCUUCAGAGACAUGCGAGAGCUGGCGACACUGUACAAACUGGAAAUCCUGAAAUCUUUGCAGUAUGAUAAUUUGGGGCCUAGAAGAGUAGCAGCUUUGCAGAAGGAUGCUGAUGAAUGGACUAAGCGAGCUGAGAGUGCUGUGUGCUCUAUUCAGGAUAUCACAGUGAACUACUUCAAGGAAACUGUAAAGGCUCUAGCAGCAAUGCACAAACAGAUGGAGCAAGAUGAGGAAAGAUUUGGUAAAACCACCUGGGCAUCAGCUUUGCCACGACUAGAAAACCUGAAAUAUAUGUUGGCAAAAGAAACCCUUCAGCAUCUGAGGGCAAGAGAGUUGUGCCUGAAGCAGAAGAGAACUGGCAUUCAGAAACUUAUGGAGAACCUUGGUGAACAAGAAGAUAAUUUAAGUAUAGUGGAGGAGCUGGAAAUACAGUAUUAUGAAACACAGCUGGAAUUAUAUAAUGUACAGCUUGAAGUAUUGAAACAUGAAGAGAUGCUGCUUAUUGUACAGCUGGACACUAUAAAGAGACAGAUUAAAGAGAAACAGGAUGAAGUUGUUUACUAUGAUACAUGUGAAAAUCCUGAGGAGCUCAAGGUCAUUGAACAGACCAUGGGACAACAUUACGCUAACUUGUCAGCAAUGACGGUGCUGAGGCAGAAGACUAAGCAGUUGGAGACAAAGCGUGGGACUGUCUGUGCGAGGAGAGCCUACCUCAGGAACAAAAAAGAUCAGUGUGAAGCGAGCCACCGGCAGAGACUGCAACAGGCAGAAGAGAGCAGAAAGCGCUUCCAGCAGCAUCACAGCAUUCAGAUAAAGAGAGACAAGCAAAAAGAGGAGGAGAAAAAGAAAAAAGCUUGGAUAAGCCAGGAACGUCAGAAAACGCUGGAGAGGCUGAAAGUAUUCAGGGAGAAGUGUCCAGCUCAUGUUGUUCUGAAAACAUCUCAUCCCCAGCCUCGCAGUCCCAAGUUGCCACAAGGCAUCCCUCAGCAGGCUGUGGUGCUGUCCCCUCCACCUGCAUCGAGCACAGGGGCAGCCCCAGCAGUUCUGUCCCCUGCACCCUCACCAAGAGUAAGGACAGCUCUCGAGCAGCCACAGAGUAUUCUGCUUGUAGAAGAUGAGGAACCAAAAGCUUCAUGUCAGAAUACACCCCCAGAAGUUCUGUCCCCUGCACCCUCACCAAGAGUAAGGACAGCUCUCGAGCAGCCACAGAGUAUUCUGCUUGUAGAAGAUGAGGAGCCAAAAGCUUCAUGUCAGAAUACACCCCCAGCAGACGUCCCUGUCCAGAUUUUUGCUACUGAUGGUGACACAGAGGAACAAAAGCACAGUGAGGAAUUGAUGGUCUCUCCAUGCUCACCACCCCCUCCUCCGCCCCCUCCUCCACCCCCUCCUCCCUUGCCUCCUCCACCCCCACCUCCCAGCCUACCUCUCCAGUUAAAACCAUCAGCAACAGAGGAUAAACCACUUCCCCUCAGCUCUGAUAGCCCCUCAGAAAGUCCUGCACUGCACAAUCAGGAUGACUCAUCCAGGAGGUCUAUAAAUAAUUGCAUAGGUUCCAUGGAUGAAGUUUUGGCUUCUCUGAAGCGCAGUGAAGUUCACCUUCGCAAGGUGGAGCAGCCAAAUCCGUACGCCUCUGUGAAGGACAACAUCCUCUCUGCCAUAAGGCAAGGGGUUAAACUGAGGAAAGUGAACCGAGAUACUGAGAGAGAUGUCAGUAGAGGAUCCCCUAAUGAGCUAGAGAAAAGCAUUAAGGCAGCCAUGCAGAGAAUUAAGAAAGUGUCUGCUGAUUCUGAAGAAGAGGAGGACAACGAUCAGAAUAAUGGAGAAUGGGACAGCUAAGCAGCCUAACAGAACUGCUGACUGGAACAGAGUGUGUGCCUCAUUUUGCACAUUGUAGAAGACUGUCCCUGUCAAAAUGAAAGAACUGUGUGAUUGUGUGUGGUGUUCUCAUAAUCCAAAAUGUCUUGUAAAGUAAAAGAUUCCUGCUGAUUUUCUGUAGGAACUACAGAUUCAUAUUUUUGCAUGAUAAAUCAUACUCCAAAUUAUGCUUGCACUAAUAGGUGUUCCUGGCUCAACCAUGUAGUAUUUUCACCACAUCUGAAGACAACUAAAAUUCUGGAUUUAAAUAUACAUUAUUUAGGUUGUUACUACACAGUAGGUAAUGCUAUCACAACAAAGUUUAAGAAAUGAAAAAAUAACCUAAAAUCCCUUAAAGUAGAAGCAAAUCUGUGUUGACAGAGGUAGACCAGAAAAUUGAGCAUAAUAUGGAAUCUUCCACUCCUCCCUCCAUUGUCCAGAAAAUUCUUAAAGAUAUUGCUUGUCUAAUGCAGCUCACUGUUAAAUAACUGCAUGGGUACUCCAUUUAUCAUCAAGACAGAAAGUGUGCACUUAAGGAUGGCUUGAUAACGCUGAUUGGGAAAAUCAGUUUCAAGUCUGAAAUAAACACUACUGCAGUAAUUAAUGGAAAGUUUUACUUUUUUAGCUGAAAGUAUAGAGAACUUUUAAAUGUAAAAUGUUUUUCGUACAUCUACAUUUACAACGACCUGUUGACAUGAAAGAAAGAGCCAAAAUAUUGUAUACAAUAUUUUUCAGGAUUUAGUCCUGUAAGACAGGGCUGCAUUUCCCCACUGAGAACUUCAGUACAUGUUUAUAGCUACUCUCAUGAAUUUAAAUUACCUGAUGGCCUUAUAAAUGGCAGGUAUUUACACUGUGCCUGGAAGCUGACUAUUUCAAAAUUCAGAUACAUUCAAUUUAGAGACUCUUGCUAUUUUUGGUAUAUAGUGGCAAAAAUGAUUAAAGUUUGGGUUUUUUUUGAAGUUUAUACUGACCCUUAAUAAAAAUAUAUCUUGACAGAAGAA